UGGCACCACCGGAUCUCGAUCAAAAUCAAUACGGGCCUGCGGGGAAUAGCGAUAUCGGGAUUGAGGUUAUGAGAAUGUUCCUGUCCCUGCCAAGACUCUAAGCGGGCGGAUGGCACCUCCGCAACGCCCUCCCCCCCUUCUCUUGUCUUGGAUGACACGACUAUCGGGCGCUCAAUUGCGCACACUAUCUUUGCAUUCGUCCCCAUUAUGGCGAUCACCCAAACGGCAACGACGGUGGAGGCCAAUGGCACACGGCAGCGCGUCAAAUCCGCAAACGGCGGUGUAACAAAGAGCAAGAGCACAAUAGACAACGAAAGGACGGAUCCCUUGCGAUGGCGGAUGUUGGAUGACCGAGGCUGCCAGACAUGGCAUUAUCUCGAGACUGAAGAGGAGGUUAGGAAGUGGCCGCAGAGCACGGCGGAUCGGUAUUUCUUGGGUUUGGAUACGGGCCUCCCAGAUCUCCCACCCGCCAAAACCCCCCUCCAAGCCGCCUCCAACGGCCUCGAAUACUUCUCGCACCUGCAGCUCCCGCCCGGAAACUGGGGGUGCGAAUAUGGUGGCCCAAUGUUCCUGCUCCCCGGGCUUGUCAUCACUUGGUAUGUGACUGAAACACCGAUUCCAGAGUCCCAUGCCAUCGAAAUCAAGAAUUACUUGUUUGCGCGCCAACACCCUGAAGAUGGAGGUUGGGGUCUGCAUAUUGAAGGGGACAGUAGUGUGUUUGGGACCGUGAUGAAUUAUACAACGCUCAGGCUCCUGGGUGCCGAUGCGGAAGAUCCAAGAUUGGUAAAGGCGAGGGAGACAUUAUGGAAGUUAGGAGGCGCGGUGAGGGGUCCACAUUGGGCCAAGUUUUGGCUGAGUGUGCUGGGGGUGUUGGAUUUCGAUAUUGUGAAUCCCGUACCUCCCGAGUUAUGGUUGCUACCUGACUGGGUGCCCAUAGCCCCCUGGCGGUGGUGGAUCCACAUGCGGCAAGUCAUGCUCCCUAUGUCGUACAUCUAUUCCAAGCGCUGGUCCUAUCCUCUUAAUGACCUCACACGUCAACUCCGCUCUGAACUUCUAACCCAACCGUACGAAACCAUCAAUCUUGAUAGCCACCGCAACGAUAUCUCCCCGGCAGAUGACUACCAUCCGAAGACCUGGCUGCUUCGUGUCCUCUUUUGGCUCAUCGUCAACAUCUGGAUGCCCUUCCUCCGGCCAGCGAGUUUAGCCAAGAGAGCCGAGGAGUGGACGUGGUGGCUUAUUUGCGCUGAGGACGAAAACACCCAAUUCAGUAACCUAGGCCCUGUAAACGGCCCCAUGAACACUCUUUGCUGCUACAUCCAUGAAGGGCCAGACUCGCCUCGAUUCCGUCAACACCUCAAAACCCUGCCCGAGUUUCUAUGGGUCAAGGACGAAGGCAUGCUAAUGAACGGCACUAACGGCGUGCAAGUCUGGGACACAUGCUUCGCCGUUCAAGCGAUCUACACCGCCGGCUUCGCCACCGAUACGAAAUGGAAACCCAUGCUCACCAAAGCCCUCGAGUUCCUCGAAGACCAACAAAUAGAGGCCGAAUGCCGCGACCAGCACGCAUGCUACCGCCAACAGCGCAAAGGCGCGUGGGGCUUCUCCAACAAGAAACAAGGCUACACUGUGUCCGACUGUACUUCAGAGGGGCUGAAAUGCGUCCUGCUUCUCCAAUCCACGCCCGGAUACCCAAGACUCGUCCCAGACCACCGCAUCUUCUCUGCCAUUGACGUCCUCCUAACUAUGCAAAACCCAUCCGGCGGCUGCGCCUCCUACGAACCCCAGCGUGGCUCUGAAUACCUAGAAUACCUCAAUGCAGCGGAAGUUUUUGGGCGUAUUAUGGUCGAGUAUGAUUACCCCGAAUGCACGACCGCUGUUACAACCGCGCUGCAUAUGUUCCAGAAACACUACCCGGAGUAUCGGACUAAAGAGAUCAGGGAGUUUAAAGCAAGAUGUAUUGAAUAUAUCAGGAAAUCUCAAAGUGCGGACGGUUCCUGGUACGGUUCCUGGGGCAUCUGUUUUACCUAUGCGGCUAUGUUCGGCAUGGAAUCACUUGCCUGUGCUGGUGAGAAUUACGCCAACUCUGAACGUGUGCGACGGGGUUGCAAGUUCUUGCUCGACCGCCAGAUGCCUGACGGUGGCUGGGGUGAAACAUACAGGAGCUGUGAAACAGGGGUGUAUCACCAACAUCCACAAUCCCAGGUUGUACAGACGGCGUGGGUUGUGCUUGCACUGCUAGAAGCCCAAUUUCCGGAUCGCGAGCCGCUUGAGCGGGCUUGUCGGUUGAUAAUGAGUAGACAGCAGAAGAAUGGAGAGUGGAAGCAAGAGGCGAUUGAAGGGGUGUUUAAUAAGAGUUGUAUGAUCUCCUAUCCCAACUACAAAUUCAUCUUCACGAUCAAGGCGCUGGGUCUAUUUGCAAAACGCUUCGGCGACGGCGCACUACUUUAAGCGAAGCCCGCUUAGGCGUACUUGUUUUCUGGACUAGGCAUGUAGGGAGGCAAACCGAGUGGGAGAAGAGAAGGCGAGCCGCGGGCCAGGAACCUUGUACAUGGGUGAGAACGGAAUAGAGAUCGAUAAUCCUAAUCGUAGUGGCAGGGCGCCGUAGGCCAGGCCAGAAUGAGGUAAGAGUGUAAUUAGACAGAUGAACAAAUAUAUGUACAUGUCAUCUCAUAUUAUGACGAAAGUAGUAUAUGUAGG